GUCAGUUCCGGGUUAUUUCCGGAAUAUAAUUUUGGUUCCAUUUUCAAUUAACAUUCAAAAUUGGUAUAUGUGACAGCAAAAGCCCCAACGGUUCGUAUACUGUAUAUUAAAACGGCAACAUACAGUCAAACAGGACCGGGAGUUUUAGAAAGAAAAGGACAAAACAUAGUGAAUAUGCUCAUGUAGAAGUACGUGCUUGUUCUUUGGGACUGAUGGAGAGGCUAAUAUCCAGAUUGACCGAGAAACAUGUUCUCUUCACGGCUUCUUUGGCCAUAAGACUUGCUUUGGUCGCUUAUGGAGAUUACCACGACAGGACGAUGGUAGUCAAGUACACUGACAUCGACUAUCAUGUGUUCACGGAUGCUGCGAGAUUCACGACGAAGGGCGAGUCCCCGUACAACAGGUCAACCUAUCGAUACACACCUCUACUGGCAUGGCUGCUCACUCCUAAUAUUUAUAUUCACAUUGUGUUUGGCAAGCUCCUUUUCAUCCUGUGUGACGUGCUGUCCGGACUGCUGAUCUACAGAAUCCUUUGCCUACAAGGUCUUGCCCCUGAGACAUCACGGCGGGUUUGCUCGCUGUGGCUCCUCAACCCCCUGCCGAUGGGAGUAUCCAGCCGAGGGAAUGCUGAGUCCAUCUUGGCCGCUUUGGUGCUGGGGACGCUACUUUGUAUCGAGGGCCGACGCAUGACAUGUGCAGCGCUGCUCUACGGCCUGUCGGUUCAUAUGAAGAUUUACCCCAUCACCUAUGCUCUGCCCAUUGUUCUGACUCUUCGCACACCACGGAUCAGAAGAGGGGAAGACAAAACAACGUGGAGGAGCAUUGUUGACUUCUUGGGAAGUUUCUUCACCAGGGAGUUGUUCCGUUUUGCAAGUGUCGCCGGAGGUCUUUUUUGUGCCCUCACAGCAAUUUUCUAUCACAUGUAUGGUUGGACAUUCCUUCACGAGACUUACUUCUAUCAUCUAACCAGAAGAGACAUUCGACAUAAUUUCUCUCCAUACUUCUACAUGCUCAACCUUACUGCAGACAGUAGAUGGAGCCAGUGGCUUGGGUUGAUGGCGUUCCUUCCACAGUUGAUCCUGCUGUUGAUCACGUCCUGGGCUUUUCACCGUGACCUGGCCUUUUGCUGUUUCCUACACACUGCCAUCUUUGUCACGUUCAACAAAGUCUGCACCUCACAGUACUUCCUGUGGUACCUGAGUUUACUUCCUCUGGUCAUCCCUCAUUUGAGUCUUUCACUGAAACAAGGACUGGGACUGGUGCUGCUGUGGUUUGGUGGACAGGCUGUGUGGUUGGUCCCGGCUUACUACCUUGAGUUUGUGGGCUACAACUCCUUUCUGUUCAUCUGGCUUGCUGGACUGCUCUUUCUGAUUGUUAACUGCAUCAUAUUGAUACAGAUCAUUGUUCAUUACAAACCAAAAGUGACAGCGAAGAGACCAAAGUUUGAAUAACCCCACCCAGAACUUAUCACUGUGAUUGGAGCUUCAGUAUAAACAGGGACAUUUCUUGUUUAUAUAUUUUUUUAUACUGAUUAUUUUCCCAUCUACAUUAUGCUUUUUCAGAAGAUCUCAUAAAAUGUAUUCAGACCCUGGAAUGUUCAGAAGGCUUUUGCAAUCCAGCGCACAUAUGGACAGAAACCCAUUCACAAUAUCAACUUUUUUUUGAUAAUUAAAAACGUUUGCCAUGUCCGGUACUUUUCACUCAACUUAGCUUGGCGUUUCCAGUAAAGUCCUUAGAUUUUAUUGUAAUAUUCUAUUGAAAGACAUUUAAUGUUGGAUAUGCACGCGCACACACACACACACACACAUAUAUAUAUGUAUGUGUGUGUGUGUGUACAUAUAUAUAUAUAUAUAUGUGUGUGUAUGCGCGUGUGUGGUUGUAUGUGUGUAUAUAUAUAUAUAUAUGUAUAUAUAUAUAUAUAUACAUUACAUUAAUUAACAUGACAAACAUGUUAAUUAACAUUAACACUAACAAACUUGAUGAAUUACAUUUUCAUGGGCAAAAUGCAAUGUACAUUUUAUGUAAGUUUAUCAAAUAUAGUAAAUAUAUUCCCAAUAACCAUGUCUUUGUUGC